AAGCCCGGGCGCCACCCUCCCACCCGGAGGGCGCGCCACCGCCCCUGCUACGCCCGAGCCCGCCAGGGCUCUGGUCGGGAGAAGGGGCGAGGGGCAGGGGGCGAUGGCUGCGGGCGCCCCUCCCUUUGCAGGGCGGGGCAGACCGGCGCCCCUCCAGAGGAGGCGUGCGCCAGCCGGCGGCGGCCCCGCGCCGCUGGGCAGCCGCACGGCGUUUCUGCGGGCGCUGCUGCUGCUGCGGCCCGGGCAGGCGGCGGCGGCCGCGCGGGAGGAGCCCCCCGAGGCCCUGCAGGCGCGGGGCCAGCUGCCCGCGCUGCGGGUGAGGGGCCUGAACCUCACGCGCGUCUUCCGCCUCAGCGGGCAGCCGCGGGGCGGCGGGGACUGGAGCUACACGCACACCGCGGUGGGCCCGGACUACCACGCCAGAGUCGCGAGGAGGCUUGCGGUCGGCCUGGACGACCUCUCCUCCGACGUCCCGUUCGGCACGUACGUUACGCCGCGCGACAGGAUCCGGGCGCUCGUGGCGCUCAACGCCGCCGUGCUGUCCCCAGCGGCCUACAACGUCACGUACAGAAUGGAGCAGUGGGGGUUCUUGUACGACCAGAAGCAGCAAAUCUUCUUCCCAGAGUCGGGGCUGAACGCGACCGAGGUGAGCGAAGUCGGAGGCAACGUCUCGGAGCUCCUCGCCCAGGGAGAGAUCGAGGCGCUCAAGGAAGAGAGUGCCGAGAUUCGGGCCGCCGCUGACAGCAGCAAGUUCACGGAAUACUUCCAGGGCGCGCGUGGCUCCGAGUGCGCGGGAAGCGGCGAGAGCACGCCUCCUUGUCGUGGCGACCACGGCUUGGCCAUGUCUGUCUACGACGACGCGGAGCACACGGUCAUUGUCUUCCACGGCAAUUGGGACUCUUCCGAGUACGACUACAUGUUGUGGGCGAACAAGUUGUGGAUCAUGGAGCGCUUCGAGCUCGCCCUGCAGCUCAUGUGGUCGAACCAAGCGCAGCGAGACGUCACACCCGAGAUGGCUAAGCGCGCCUACGGCGCGUACGGUGACGUUGAUUCGAUCGAGAGCGAGCUUGCGAUCCGCUGCGCGUACAAUGAGUUCGAGUUCUGGCCAGCGCCAGACGUGGACGCGAUCGCCUUCGCCACUGGUCUGAGUUUUUCGCAGGUUGCUCGCAAGGGCUUCUGGAACCUGUUGCAGCAGGUCGUGCGCCUCGUCCUUCCCGAGGACCGCACCGACCUCAAGACGGUGUACCUCACUGGCUCUGGCAGGGGUGGCACCUUCGCGGCGCUGGUUAGUUUGUGGCUAAAGGAUCGGGGAAACGAAACGGACAGCCUCACGUAUGGCACGUACGUCUUCGCGCCGGACGGGGGCUGGCAGUGCCUCGCCCGAAGGAUGUUAUCCAGUGACGUCACUGCGACUGGGGACCACUCCCACAUCCUGACGUUCUCCCACAUCAUGGACGCGUACGCCAGCGGGGUGGACAGGGUAGCAGGCAAAGUGUGUCUUUACGGCGACAAAAACUUCACCGGCGCUGUGAUGGACUUCUGUUCGAAGAUUGUGGGGCAUACUGGGCCGCAGCUGUUCUUUCGCCAUCAGUCCGGCCCGCCGGGGCCUUCUGAGGAGGUCAAGAGGGCUAGACAGUACUUCGACGCCUGCCACUACUUCACGCACUCUGUCUGGUAUGCGGCGAUACUCUUGCUGGACGACGAGGUGCUGGAUCUAGAUGGCACCACCGACGGCGGCUGCCAGACAGUCGACCCGGUGCCAGAGCACGACGUGCUCAGGGAGUGCCCGGUCACAAAUAAUGCGGAUACCGCGUGCCUAGUCACCCCAGACACCAUGCAGGCGCUGCCUUUGAUGGCCAUGGGGAUCGUGAUGAGCAGUUUGUUGAGCAUGAUUCUUUCAGCAGCUCUCACUGGUUACUGCAUGCUCCGGCGCAUCCGGAAUGAGCAGUGGCUCUUCAACGGGACGAAGUCGGUUAGCAAAUCCAAGGGCAAGGCCCAGGUGGCGGCUCUGAAAGCACGGCAGGCCCGAGACCGGGUGCAGCGCAAGGAGGAACGCAGGAUACAGAAGAGAAACGAGAAGGUCAGUGGCGGCCGCAGAGGCGGCGGCAAGCAGGACGAGGAGAUGAUGGGCGUUCUCAUCGGCACCCCUCGCGACGAGGCGGUGGGGGAGGCCGAGCCCAUCGCGGAGGCGGAGGAACGGUUCGGGGAGGCCGACGACGCAGGUGACGCUGGCGAAGAGAGCAAGCGACGGAAAGACAAGAAGGACAAGAAGGACAAGAAGGACAAGAAGGAGAAGAAGGAGAAGAAGGAUAAGAAGGUGAAGAAGGAGAAGAAGGAGGAGCUCGAGGACGGAGGCACAUACGCUCCAGAGCUGGACCCCUGACAGCUCAGGAUUUUCCAUGUGGACGCCCUCGGAGAGCACAGGUUUCACUCUUACCCUUCCUCGGGCGGGAUACCUAUCGCCCAAGGUGCGCCUGGCUUGUUGGUCCGCUUCGCAGAUCGGUCACACGCGUCAGACCUCAGAGCAUCGUUGAGUGAGUGAGCGAAGCGAGCGGGUGAGUGAGUGGGAUGAUCUGAUGAAGGGGAGGCUGGAUGUCGAGAGGUCCAGCUUUUCUCUGGGCCGUGCUGCAGUCGUCCAGGAGCAGUUCGAAGCGAGCGCAGCUAGAAGUGAACGAGGUGUCCUGGCCUGGUUGCUGCUGAUCUUCGUCCUCGAUGGAGGUCGCACCGAUGCUUUCAUGCAUAAGCUCAAGGGCAGUAAGCCAUGCUCAGACCGGCUUCUAUGCUGGGAUGCAGGCGUUGCCUCUUCCUCC